AUGAAGCGGCAGCAGGGAGACUCCGUGAGCCUGUUUCUUUGCACUCGGCCUGGGCGCUUGGGGGAACUCUCCGUCUCUAGUGAGGCAGACCCUGGCCGGAAAGGUCUGGGCAGUGGGGGUGGCGGGCCGUGGAGUAGGUCUUGUGUGGGCACAAACGUGUACGUGAAAGCAGAAGCCAGCAUGGAGCCCCUUACGCUGACCCACCAGCCUCGUAGAGGGAUCCCAGGGACCCUUUCCUGGGCCUGGGAUCCAGGUGGGGGCUGGAGACUUAACGAUACUCUUAGCAAACCUCCACAUGCCCUUCGUGGUGGAGGGUUCUGGAGCCCAGAGAAGCUGAGAGCACUGGCCGUCCUCUCCCUCCACCUGGUGCCCUGGGAGCUGCUUCACUCAAGGGUUCAGACUCAAACGCUGGCCUUCCUGCCUCAGCCUAGUGAGCGCCCUCCCCCAACCCCAGCUUCUAAGACAACUCUGCUGCAGCACUGGUGA